GGAGGUGGCGAUCGCCUUGUCCUGGUUCGUUCAAGAACACAUCUUCUCCAUGGAGCAUCUUGUCCAGCUCUUCCCUUCUUGUACAGAUGCGGACUUGCAGCGGCAUCUGGACAAUGCCGCUGGAAAUCUUGAAGUGGCGAUAAACACGAUUCUCGAGUCUUCAGCGGACCAAGAAAGCAGCGCUGUUCAGCUUAGCGCCACUGCGCCAAAUCAACAUCACAAGCGCCAGAAACAAUACUCGGUUGAAACUAUCGAAGUCAAUGGGCAUAGCACCGAGGUAUGGGACCUGACACUAGACUCCGACGGCGACGACGAAGACAAUCACGACAACGAAGGCGAGUGGUAUAAGGGCACAACUGAGAACUUGGACAUCUUUAUAUCCCAACAGCCAGGCAUUGCCAUAGCGGCAGGGAGCAGUUCCACAGGUCCACAGAAACCAGUUGCGUCCGAUUCAAGACCCAGCUUUGAGGACUUUCACAAUGAGCAACAGCGACUGCUGGAAGAACAAGCCCGGAAAGCCGCAGAGGUACAGGAGCAGAAAAACAAACUGGUGGCCAACUUUAUUUCGAUUGCUCAGGAUAUGUUUGAAAACAUCUCGGUACCGUACCUUGAGAGGUUGCUGGAGGAGACCCGACCAAGGUUUCUUUCGGAUGACGAACUUGUGGAUGCGUGCAUUGAGAUUAUCUUUGCGCUGAAUGGCCGGUAUCCCAAAGCGAAGAGGAAGCGCCUCGAUGAUGAUGAUGAUGACGAUGAGGGUGAAGGCGGAGGAUCAGAACCAUACAAUGAAGGGGACGAAUACGUCGGCGGCGUGGCCGGCGAUGGGGACAAGAACAUUUCAAAGAGGCAACGGGACUACAUGAACUGCACCAUCAGGAUGUCGGCAGCAUACGACGCGCAAAGCGCAAUACAGCUGUACCAGGACUUUCCGAGGAUCGCGGCGUCUUCGAUCAGAUCGUGUUUGAAGAAGUUCUCAUUUCAUUAUGCGCCAACAUUCGAGUAUCUGAACAGUUUGUGGACCGAGUUUGAACCAAAAGGCAGUCAGGGGAAAGCCAAGGCGGGAGAGAUCAAGAUAAUAUUGGUAUCAGUACCUAGAAAAAAACGACCCCCGCUUGAACCUCAAGGAAUGGAUCCUGAAUUCCGAAGAGAAAUGGACUGGAUGAAGGCCAAAGUCGCAAAGGAACUCGCAGAGAUACAGACGAUUGAGAAUGAAGAAAAGAAUACGAACUACUACCGGGACCGUGGCGAACUCUGGCUGCUGUUACGAUGAUGUACCUCCGAAUCGCGUCGCACAGUGUGAAGAUGGGCAUCUCUUUUGUCUCGAAUGCUCGAGACGUGGAGCUGAGGCAGAGCUCGGAUAUAGGCGCACUGUUCUAAAGUGCAUGACAGACGGAUGUACUGCAGUGUUUACGGAUGCUGAGGCAGUCAAAUUCUUACCUAAGCCUGUACUGCAAGGCCUGUUUAGGGCACGGCAGCAA